AUGCGAUCACCAAGCCUCGCAAACAACAUAUAUGUCAGUGGUAAGUUCCGGAGAAUCCAAACACAUUGGUUUAAUGACUACUUCUGGCUUCGUUAUUCGCAAUCGGCCUGCGGCGUCUACUGUGCCCCAUGCUACCUGUUUGCAGGAAGUGUUACGAGAUUGUUGGUGUCAUCUGUGGCCAUCGACCCUAGCAACCUUGGGAAAACACUGUCCAGUCAUGCGAAAUCUGAACUACAUGUCAACUCUUUGGAGGCUGCGGAGAACUUCAGGAGCAUAAUGUCUGGUGAACAAAAAGACAUUGUAGCGUCAAUGUCAUCGUCGUACAAUGUCCUAGUGGAAAGGAACCGGCAAAUAUUACACGCAAUUGUAGAAACAAUAAUAUUAUGUGGAAGACAAAAUCUGUCAUUGAGGGGACAUCGUGAUGAAGAUCGCGGAAAUUUCAAGGCACUGCUGGAAUAUCAAGCGAAGCAUAAUGCUAUUCUUAAGGACCAUCUCGAAAACGGCGACCCAAGGACGAAGUAUACCUCCAAUAAGAUUCAAAAUGAGAUAAUCGACAUAUGUGGUGACCAGAUAAAAUCUAAAAUAGUCGAAAGUUGUAACAGUGUUCCAUUUUUUGGCUUCAUUGACGAGGCAACGGACGCAUCAACGAUGGAGCAGAUGGCCCUUUGUCUGCGAUAUUAUGAGACAAGCUCAAGAUCUGUGACCGAGAAUUUCAUUGGUUUUGCCGAAUGCUGGUCGACUACAGGGGAAUCAUUGUCUGAGGCCUUCCUGUUCCAUUUGAGAAACUCCGGUGUAAACAUGGACAAGCUUCGAGGCCAAGGCUACGAUGGUGCAUCCAAUAUGUCCAGGGAAUUCCGGGGUGUGCAGGCCCGAAUUAGAUAUAAUCAUCCCAAAGCAUUAUAUACACACUGUAGAGCUCUUUGUUUGAACUUAGCCAUAUGUCAUGCGUCAGAAGAACCAAUCGUUCGCAAUAUGAUGCAGACGGUUCAAGAAGUAGCAUUUUGCCUCAAUUACUCUGCAAAGCGGCUUCUUCGAUACAAGAAUGCUCUUGAAAACGACGCCGAAAAUCGCGAGGCAAUGGAACGUAGAACAAAACUUCAGUCAUUGACAUUUGUGCGAAACGAGGUGGGCGGCAAGAUCUGA